GGGGCACUCGACAGCCGCUCGCGCCGACGGCAGGUUAUUCGACAGUCACUCGCGCCAGCACCGACUUGUCUGAGGGGCCGUCGGGAUGGGUCUGUGGCCGACACCGCCGCUGCUGGCUGCGCUGCUCGGGCUGUGUGCGGCGCUGCUGCCGCCGGCGCUGGCAGUCUCCGCCUACGACGGACUGGUGCAGCAGAGUCGUCCGCUGAACGCUGUCAACUUCCUGCUGCGAGACCCUCCGAACGACGACUGGCUGACAUGGAAACAUCCGGGAGACCUGCCUGCGGCCGACCCGAGCGUCACCAGCGACUGUGAAUGCAGCGCCCGGUGUCUCUCGGACCCUGGCUGCUUCAGCUACAUUUACGCCCCUGCCGACGGAUGUCGACGGUUGCCGAGCCGGGGCCGAGCCACCACCGGCCACACCUCCCUGCUGAGCGCCGGCCAGCUGCGCUUCAGGGAUGGAAUGGCCCGCCUGGGCGACUACUGCCGGUCGGACGGUGAGUGCACGUUCGUCGUGGAGGGCUCGCGGUGCGACAGCGGGCGCUGCGUCUGCCAGGACGGCCUGUACCCGCUGCAGGGUCAGUGUGUGACCGCCGACCAGCUGACGACGACCACCGCCUCGCCUGCUGCCGGCGCCGGUAACAGCACGGCCGACCCGGUUGGCCAGUCCACCGUCAGCAGCACGGCUGACCCGGCUGCGUCCUCCACCAUUGUCAGCAGCAGCACCGCGGAACCGCCUUCUUCCACCAGCGGUACUGAGCCUCCCUCUUCGACCAUCAUCAGCAGCACCGCUGAGCCUUCCUCGACCAGCAGCAUCAGCAGCACCGCUGAGCCUACGUCUUCAACCAGCAUCAGCAGCACGGAGCCUUCCUCUUCCACCAGCACCACAGAGCCCACCACAAGUACGACAACGCUCGCUGCGACUACCCCAGGCCUAGUUUCUCUCGUCCCUGGAGGGGUCAAGGAUACCAACAACGCCUGGAGUUCGUCUUGCCCAGCCAAUCAGGUGGUUAUUGGAGCCAUGAUGCUAAGAACGGAUGGAAUACAAGAAUUCGACAAUCCCUCUGACAUGUUCUGCAGAGGCAUCUUUAACCUUGCAACCAGCGCUCUAACUCCCUUCAUCACCACACGGAAGAGCAUUGUUGAUCUCAACGCAGAUGGAAUUCUGAGGACUUGCCCAAAUGGCUAUGUGGUGACCGCGCUUUACGCGCCGGGCACUUCCAACCAGCCGUUUCGGCUGGGGGCGCUGCUGUGCGUCAACACGGGCCUCAGUCUGGGGGACGGCUGCAGCGAGGAAGAUCCACAAGUCAACGAGAUUGAGCCAGGUGUCAACAGCCACGCCUGCCUGGACGGAAAAGUGGUGACUGGCGCCAAAAUAAAACAGAACUUUCAAGGCUGGAUUGAAAAGUUCAACUGCUGUCCGUUACCUGCCGGACUUGAGCUCCGCGUUUAAUUGAGGAACUUGUCAGCUAUGACGCCUGAUGUCAUAGACAGAUAGUGUGCCUGCCUAUGCCUAACCCUCGGCAGUCCUUAUCAAUUGCCUCAUAGCUAAUGGGAUGCAGCUUUCUGCAGCCCCAUGACAGCCACUACGAAUCGAACACCGCCAUCCCGGUCAAAACUAAAUGCGCUAUUUAUUGGGCACAAUGGCACAACAACUAAAAUGCAUAACAAUAAUUUUACGGUCUUUACUGGCCACAUUUAACUCGCAUGUUCAUUUUGUCGCCUUACGUUACCCUCCAAAAGUUUUAAAUUGUCUUGAUGUAACUUAAUUAGUUGUGGCCCUUAUGACCUGUUCGUAGUUGCGGCAUUACAAGCCGUUCCAUCGAUACGCAUAAUUGUUUCGUAUUUGCAUGGUAGUAACUUAUUAGUUCGCCGCCUAAACUUGGAACAAGUCAAUGGUAAUUAGCUUGCUUCCUAAGUAAGAAAUAAAUGCUUGACGAUGCCGCACAA